AGCGCGUAACUUCCCACCCGGCCCGGCCGCUCCUCCCCUCGGCUGCCGCCUGGCAGUUCGUCAGGGGUGCCAACGUGGAGCCGGCCGAGGCCGAAGCGAAGGCGGAAGUGCUCCGAGGGGAAGAGGAGGAGGCAGGCAGCCGUUAUCCCCCGCAGCUGAGGAACCUGCGGCCAUGGAGGGCUCCUUGGAGAAGAUGGUUGACCCUACGCUAGCAGAAAUGGGAAAGAAUCUUAACGAGGCCAUGAAGUUGCUUGAAGAUACUCAAAGGAAAGUGGAGGAAGAAAAUGAAAAGUAUGCAAGGAAGGAUAUUCCCGGACCGCUGCAAGGCAGUGGGCAAGAUAUGGUCAGCAUCCUCCAGUUAGUCCAGAAUCUUAUGCAUGGAGAUGAGGAGGAGGAAUCAUUGCAGUCCUACCGGCUUCAGAACGUGGGGGAACAAGGUCACAUGGCCCUGCUGGGGCACAGCCUGGCGGCCUACAUUUCAGUGCUAGAUCGCGAGCGGCUGAGAAAACUCACCACGAGGAUCCUUUCGGACACCGCUCUGUGGCUGUGCAGACUCUUCAGGUUUGAAAAUGGGUCAGCGUAUUACCAUGAAGAUGAUCGUGAGGGUCUUUUAAAAGUCUGCAGGCUAGUGAUUCACUCACGCUACGAAGACUACACUAAUGAAGGGUUCAAUGUGCUUUAUAGCAAGCAGCCGGUCCUGUACAUUAGCUCUGCAGCCAGAGCUGGCUUGGGCCAAUUUCUGUGCAGUCAGCUUGGCCUACCCCUUUCCUGCAUACGCCCGGUGCCUUGUAACACCAUGUUUGGCUCUCAGCAUCAGAUGGACGUGGCUUUACUGGACAAAUGGAUUAAAGAGGACAUCAAGUCGGGAAAGCUGCCACUGUUAUUAGUAGCCAAUGCUGGCACACCAGGAGCAGGGCAUACGGACAAGCUCGGGCGGCUUAAAGAACUCUGCGAGCAGCACAGCAUGUGGAUACAUGUCGAAGGGGUGAAUUUGGCCACUCUGACUUUGGGUUAUGUGUCUUCAUCUGUACUGGCAUCAACCAAAUGCGACAGUCUGACCCUGACUUUGGGGCCCUGGUUAGGUCUCCCAGCAGUGCCUGCCGUGACUCUGUACAGACAUGAGGAUCCUUCUUUGUCCUUGGCUGCAGGCCUCACCUCGAGUCAGGCAGUGGAGAAGCUUCGUGCCCUGCCGCUGUGGCUCUCCUUGCAAUACCUUGGACAUGACGGGAUCGUUGAGAGAAUAAAACACGCAUCUCAGUUGAGUCAACGACUGUUGGAAAAUCUGAAAAACCAGGAUUUUAUUAAAACCUCAGUCGAAGAUGAGCUUAGUUCUCCCGUGGUAGUAUUCAGGUUUGCUCCAGAACUUCCACAUAUAGAUCACAGGUUACACGCUGCACAGACCCCUAUAGCAACUGGCAAUGAGCGAUAUGUGUGUGAUACUUUUACCCAGUGGCUGGGAGAGCAGCUGGCUCAGCUGGUGCCGGCCAGUGGCGUGGAUAUUGUGGAACUGGAAGACGAAGGCACCUGCGUGCGCUUCAGCCCAUUAAUGACUUCUGCAGUUUUAGGAACUGAAGUGCAAGAUGUUGACCAGUUGGUGGACUGCUUAAAGAUGAAGGUUCCAGUACUGACCUGCACACUGCAGCUAAGGGAUGACUUUGAGCAAGAAGUAAAAAGAACCAUCGGCCUCUCUUACGUCGAAGACCUCAGCUGGCCUGGACUCGGGGUGGUGAGGUACGAGGGGCAGAAUGAAGACAAGCAGGAGCAAGAAAUGGAGAAGAUUAAUAAUGGGCUUCUGAAAAAGCUAAAUGAGCUGGAAUCGGAUCUGCAGUUUUCCUUAGGCCCAGAAUUUGGAGGGGAGAAAAACUGCAUUUAUAUCGGAAUGGUCACCGAGGAUCUAGAUGUGUCUGAGCUGGUUGAAACAAUUGCAGCGAUGGGCCGUGAAAUCGAGGAAAAUUCAAGGCUGCUAGAAAACAUGACUGAGGUUGUCCGAAAAGGCAUCCUGGAAGCACAGGUUCAGCUGGAGAAGGCCAAUGAAGAAAGACUUCUUGAGGAGGGGCUGCUCCGACAGAUUCCUGUAGUGGGCUCCGUGCUGAACUGGUUUUCUCCAUUCCAUGCGUCACCAAAGGGACAGACCUUCAACCUGACAGCAGGUUCUUUAGAAUCUACAGAGUCCACCUAUGUCUCCAAAGUACAGGGCACAGGGACCACCCCACCUCCUACCCCCACAUCCAGCCGUGCCAAACAAAGGCUUCCCGGACAAAAGCUGUUCAGAAGGUCUUUAAGGAACUCCGAUGGGUUCAGUGAGACGAGUUCAGUGAGCCAUAUGGAUGACUUGGACAGAGCAGAGCAACGCCCUGCAGAGCAAGAGCGUCUGGAGCAACAGAAGCCAGACGAGAGUGCAAGUCGGGCCUCGGAAACCGCUGAAGGCGCCUCGCACGAUCAGGGCCAGACCCCAGGAAAUGGCUGCACAAAACCCGAGGAAGAAGAGAGCCUGAGAUAAAAGCCCAAUACUGCCCAUUAAGACUUUGUACAGACAAAUGCAGUCCCUCUCCAGCAGGGUAAUGUAAGGAUGCAUUCAAAAUGUGAACAGUGCCACAGUUAGCACAGUAAUAGCUACUGCUAACCUGACUGGAGAUUUUGCACAAAGAUUAGUGGAAGAAUUCUUCUCUCCUCCACCCCCUUUACCUUCUUUGUGGGGCCUUGUUUUUACUGUACACUUUGCUAUGAUGCCUCUUUGUCCUGCAUACCUUCACAUUGCCAAGGUUGUGUUUGAAUGGCUAGUAAACAUUUGCCUCUCUGCCAAGGAGCAUGCAAGUGACCAUUAUGGCGGUGCACCCUAAAGAUGAUUUGUUUAUUUUUUUAAAAAAGAUAACUUUCCCAGGUGUCUCUUGAUUUUUAGGUUGAGCAAUUAAUUGCACAUGGUGCUUUUGGGGAAGAGAGGUUAAUUCCUAACCUGUUCAAUAAGACUUCCACUUGCCACUAUCUUAUUUUUCAACAUCCAUGUUCCAAGGUGAACAAAUCCGUCAUGACCUUCGCUAGACUUUUAACCUUAGACUUCAUUUUAUAACUCGCUUAUUUUUUAAGAAAAAUUCUGCAGACGUUUUCCUCAUAUGUGCAUGUAUGAAUGUCUGAGCCCUACACCGUCCGGGCUGUCUUUCUGUCCCGCUGUAGACCUUUGUGUUCUCACAAGGCCUGAAGGAGCUGGAUCACUAAGCUCUUCCAGCAUUUCUGACACGUCACAGUGCCCCUUUCCCACUUUCAAGACCGCUUGGAAUCAAACACGACUGGGACAUUUUGCAUCACUCAGAAUAUCUUGAGUCACGCCCUUUUGAAAAAUGAUGGUGAAACAUUUGAACUGACGUUGAAUGUCUGCGAUGUUUCCUGGUCUGCUUCUUCUGGAUUGUUUUCUGAUCUGAUCUAUUUUCUGAUCCAUUUUUCCUGACAUUUGUUAGAUAGUGUAAAUACCCAGAGAAAUUAUUAGACUAAAUGCACUGCUGCACUAUUUAAAAAACUAACUCCCUGAGCUAGCUUUUUGUUUAAAUCCCCGAGCAAAUAUUCGGAAGCAUAUUUCUUCUCCCAUUAAUUAUGUGUUCACUUUUGGGAUUGCUCCAUUUCUGGGCCUGUUGAAUUUGCAUCGCAUCAAACCAGGAGAAAGUUAGUUGGAAGGAAGGAAGGAAGGAAGGAAGGAAGGAAGGAAGGAAGGAAGGAAAACAAAGAUAGUUGUGUUGAUCACAAGAAAAUUUCCAAAAUCCAUGUGGCUAUUAAUGUUUUUGGCCAACCAAAAGAUCAUCAAAAAAUGGUGUGAGCUUUUGAAAUACUCAGAUCUCUUCAGGCAAGAUACAAAUGUUUCAUAACUAUCCCUGCAGAAGAGCUUUUCAGAGCCUGCAUCUCUGGAUGAUCUUUUGGUUAAUUCUAAGAACCAUGUAACCAUUCGCCACAUGAUUUUAAAUUCAUGUGGUUUAAAAAAAAAGUGUUGCCCAAACAAGGAUUAAUUCUCUCUUUGUGAAGGGCCUUUCUUGCAGUCAAUGUCUGUGGCGUUCCUUCUUGCGGUUUACCUGUUUGCAUAAACUAGGUACGGUCUACUCCUAAGCUACUGGAGAUGUGAACCUCAUCCUAGCCCAGGCAAUGCAUUAAAUGUUGGCUGUUCACCAGGGACCACUCUACUCUGUAAUGCAAUAGUAGCAGCCUAGGCACCGAAAAUGAGUGUUUAUCAACAAGAGAGGAAAUGCCCAAAUGAACUGCAGGGUCACGGCAACAGGAAAUGCUCACUGGAAGAGAGAACCUAGAGAUCCUCUGCUUUUCAACCCAGACACAGAAAUGGCUUAGAGAACCUGUGUAGCAAAGGGCCCAACUAGAUACCAUGGCAAAGACCUAAUUUCUUCCUGCUCCUUCACAAUAGUUAGUUUAAGUGAAUGAGGUCAACUGUAUGGGAAAGGUAAGUUCUGUUGGUGUUAUGGAAACGGAAGUGAGAACUUAAGAUGCACAGGAUCUAGUUUUAGGUCUGUAUAACUGGACUGGUGAAUUCAAACUUCUCUUUCCCCUCAGCAACUCUCCAGUCCCUUCCAAGUGUGAUACAGAGGUCAGGGCAAACUUGAUGAGCUGUAGGGUAGGAAGGGGGCCUCCAAAAAUUUGACGGGAGAACUGCCUCUAAGGGGAGUCCUUCCAUCCACAGAAGUAGGAUCAUGUCCAUAAGGCAGUCUUCUCCAAUGGCCAUGCUGACCUGGAAUUCUGGAAGCUGCAGUCCAACCCAGCUGGAAGGUACCAGGUUGAGAACGGUUUCCACCAUGUUUCUUCCAACAGCAGGUUUAGUUCUCAGCCAGUGGUAGUCCAGGGCUCCAAUGUCACGGAGGUGGUUACUCACUGCAGGUUGCAGAAUGAACUUUAAGGGAGAUAACCAGAAUGCUGAACCCUGGCCCCAGGUUAGUCUCAGGACCACGGAAAGCUCCUUAAAGGUGAUGACCACAAACCUGAGUGAGUACACUGUCCCAUCUUCUGCUGUCUUCACCAAGCUAAUUUCCUUGAUGAGCUCGGCUAGAACAAGCUUGCAGUGGCCUCCAAAUCAUUCUAGCGAAUUCCAGUGGCCCGAAUGGCCGCAAGGGUUGUGGACUGAGAGCUGCUGGUGGUCAAGCGCAGUCAACUCGCCCUCCGGUAUGAAGGAUGGGGAAAUGUGCGCUGGCACAGCGGGGUUGCUUUCUUUCUCGAAAUAAGGGUUGACUUUUAAAAUGCAAAUUUGAUUCCUUGUCUUCCUCAACCAUAUAUUUGGUGCAAUUAAUUAUAUAUUAACUGGGGUUCAUUGAGGGGAAAGGGUUAAAGUUAUAAUCGUUAAUACAAAUUUUAAUGUUUUUAUAUGGUUAAGCUGGCAGUUUUGCUGGAAUACAGACCUAAUUUAGAUACCUCCCAAAUGCUUCAAUAAAAGUUCCUCAAAUUGUUA